GUACCGGUAUUUGCAUGCCUUUGCCCACUUACCUGCAGGAAUGUACGGUCUUGCCCCUAUCUAUGGAACAGUGAUCGAUCGAACCGACCAAUUCUGGUAACGGCUUGAUCUCCAUCUUUCCGCACUCGACUUUUUAUUUUUAUUUGGUUCUUUUUCUUUCAUACCACCACUUACUCUCUCGCACUUCGCUCUUUUGCCCUAGCUUCGCCUCCUCACACGACCUACCACACCCCCUCCACCCUCCCUGUCUUCCUUCCACCUUCUCCCUGGGAUCUCCUUGCCUACCAAAUUCUAUAGACAUCCUAUACCAAGUAUUUUGUUUUUGCACUUACCACGUUCUUUUUGGUCGCCCCGCCCACCACGAGUUUCUGUCACUCUCCGGGUGGCCCCCUUCGUCUCCACGUGUUUUGCCCCCCUUUCGCUCACUUCUCCCUGAACCAAGUUCCAGCCAACGAGCAGCCUACUUCUUUCAGGUUGCUUUCCGUUCUCUCAACGCACGCCCUCUAGGAGAACAACAAGUCUGUCAAACGUAAAGGUACCGAAUCUCAGGCCGGCUCUUGUGAAAAACGAGCCGGUCGAGUCCGUGUGCUGUCUACUACUGGGGUAUCUAAUUACAGGUAGCAACCCUCCUGUCGCCCUGCCUGUUUUGGUGCGAGUAAGUGGGUUUGUGUGUACCAGUACUCGCGCGGUCAUACAUAGUUUGGUCUCUCCGGUGUGGGGUGGCUAUCGUUCGGCGUGUGGUGUGGUUGCAGCCUUUCCACAUAUCAAAGGACCUUGCCAAUCUUGAAAGAGUCAGGAGCCCUUCUCAAACAAACACCCCCCUCCCCUUGGAUACCUAAACCUAGGUGUCCAGCUCUUCCAUAAUACUUUUGACGCACGAUUCUUUUUUUAAGCUUCCCACCACUACUUUACCGGGCCCUUUUCUCCUCCUCCUCCUCCUCCUCCCCCUCUCUUCCUUUCAUCAUGUCAGCAGCGCAGGAAGAAUUCGACCGCCUAGUAGCAAACAACACAGGCCCGUCGCACACUGAGAGGAACACACACCCUGAGGACCGAGGACGGGACAGGGACGACGACUACGACGACCUCGACGAGGAAGAACGCUACAGGGCAGCCCAGGUAGACGCCGCCAUGCGCAUGCCCACUUUCGGCUCCGAGGCGGCCGCUGGCGGCGCCGUCAUCAAUCUGCCCCCGCCGUCCUUUGACAGCGGCCGCGCCACCGGUGUGAAGGGCGUCAUUGCUGACGCGAGGAGCUAUGAGACGGCCAAGCAGGCCAAGUGGAAGUCGCGCGUGCGCCAGGCCAGGCGGAGCGUGCUGGGAAUGGGCGGCCUGCUCAACAGCGGUGCCACGACCGAUAAGAGCGAGUCCGGCGGCAGCGCGGAUGAGCACGACGACGAUGCCGACGGCGAGUUCCUCCAGCAGUGGCGCGAGUCAAGGCGGAGGGAGCUCGAGGCAGAGGCGCAGAGCGGCCCUGCCAUACGGAACAGGCGGACAUCUCCUAGCGUACGCAUGUUUGGCAGGUUCGACGAGGUCGAUGCGCUGGGUUAUCUAGAUGCCAUUGAGAAGGUCGGCCGCGACACCGUUGUGGCUGUUUUUGUAUACGACCACGAGUGCGAAGUAUCAGCCGAGGUGGAAGCCGCAUUAAGGCCUCUCGUCACAGCAUACCCCGCCGUGCACUUUGUUAAGGUCCACUACGACGAUAUUGAGUUCGACAACGCCGCCGUGCCGGCCAUACUCGCCUACCGCAACCAGGGCGAUUUGAUUGCAAACCUGACCGGCAUAAUCGAGAUGAUACCCGAAAACGAAGACUUUGAUAGCGAGAGCCUCAAGAAGAUAUUCAAGAAGCACAACUUGAUAUAACCCACGGCCACCUGCGCCACUAUUCCAAAGCUUCUAGCUUUCUACGCAGCCAGCCACUUCUUGACAAAAAACAACUUUCCCUCCUCAAAACUUUUAUUCUUUGACCAUAAACUAGCGAUAUCCGGUUUGCUUUUCCCUUCAAGCUUACUUUUUCUUAUUGGUUCCUUGUAUCUUCGAUUCUAUGACACGAUUAUUUUAGAGGUGGGCGGAAUUUUUUCUUUGUUUCAGGGCGAAUACUCGGUUUUUUUAUGGGGCUUGGGUUUUUAUUCUUUUUCAAGUUCCUUUGUACUACGGUGUUGGAAAUACCACUGUAAGGGUUUGUUUUUAUUCAAUCGACCUUGGAAUCAGGUUGUUUUCGUUCAUUUAUUUUUUCCCCCUGCUCAGCCGCCUCUCGUGUGUCUUUGCUGCUCGCGUUCUUAGGGAUCGUCAAAACGGUAUAAUAUGCGUGCAAAGCUGCCUUGACCGCCUUGUAAACUAAAACAAAAAAGGGGACCUUUAUCAUCACUCGUCAAACCAAACCAUGCUGGAGGAGCAAACCAAACAAAAAGCUCCGCAGUAACAAAAAAAAAAGGAAACCAACCCAA